AAUAGGCUUGUGCCACCACCACCCAACUUGUUCUGAUAUGUAGGCCAAUUUAAGCCCUUUCUGGAUGGGUAAGAGGCAGAGUGAUCUACAGAGCAAGAUUCAGAAUAGCAAGUGAAGAGACACUGUAACAAUAAUGAAAAAAGCACUUUGUCUGUGGUGGUGGAUACAUAGUCUCUUUGUGGAGAACAGGAUGUCCCCAAACAUGCAUGAUGUGGGUCAGCAUCCCCUUGAUCAUUUUCCCUGAAAUCCAGUCACAAUGAGCCUUGACUCCCCACCCACACUCUUCCACUUGGCAAGACACACUCUACUGAUGGAGGAAGCUUUAGCCAUUUCUGCUCUAGAGGAACUGCCCUGUCAUCUAUUCCCAGAGUUGUUCAAGGGGGCCUUCACUGACAGGCAUACAAACGUCCUGACUGCAAUGGUGUCUAUUUGGCCUUUACCAUGCCUUCCUGUAGGAACCCUGUUGGAGGAGCCUCACCUGGAGACUUUGAAAGCACUGCUUGAUGGGUUAAAUGUCCAGGUGACACAGACGUGUAAUUCCAGGUGCAAACUCAGAGUUCUUGAUUUGAGGAGGAACAUGCACCAUGAGUUCUGGGGCAUGAAGGCUGUCUCCCAUGAAGAUAACUGCUCACUACAGAUCAUGGCACAGAAACAGCCCAUGGAGACCUGUCCUGACCCUGAGAGGGAGAAUCCUUUUAAGGUGGUAACCGAUUUUGAACUCAGGGAUGCCAGUUUAGAUGAAUGGACCAUAUACUUGUUGCAGUGGGUCGAGCAGAGAAAAUCAUCCAUUCAUCUAUGCUGUAGGAAGCUGCACGUUUGGGAUUCACCAUUCUCUACUGUCAUAAAGAUCUUGGAAUUCGUGGAUUUAAACUGUAUCCUGGAGCUACGGCUGAGUCAUUGGAGGUUUGAGUUCCUGGUAGACCUUGUUCCUUACCUGGAGCAGAUGAAUAAUCUUCACACCCUCAUGCUAGAGGGAAUUAAGAAUUCCUUAAAUUUUACUGCUUGGGAAGAAGAGGAAGAUGAGUGGCAAGGCUCAUUUCCCUUUCAGUUCUCCAAUUUCAGCUGUCUUCAGAAUCUCUAUUUGAAUGAUAUCUACUUUAUAGAAGACUCCCUUGAGGAAUGGCUCAGCUGCCUGAUGACCCCUUUGGAGACCUUGUCCAUUACUGAUUGCCCUCGGCUCUUACAGUCAGACUUAGAAUGCCUGCCCCGUUGUUCGAAUAUUUUUAAGCUCAAGCAUCUGCACAUGAAUGCUAUCUUACUAUCUGAUGCAGUCUCGGAGCUUCCUGGGCUCAUCCUUGAGAAAGUCACAAGUACCCUUCAAAUUCUGGAACUGGAGCAGUGUGGAAUGAGGGACUCUCAUUUCCAAGCUCUCUUGCCUGCCCUGAGCAAAUGCUCCCAGCUCCUCAAAGUCAACUUCUAUCAUAAUGAUAUCUCUCUGCCUGUCCUGAAGAGGCUUCUAUGUCACACAGCCAACCUGAGCCAACUCACCCAGGAGCUGUACCCUGCCCCUCUGGAAUGCUAUGAGGGUAACAACACAAUACUUAAAGACAGAUUUAAGAAACUUUGUCCAGAGCUGCUGUGCUUCCUUAGGACCAAAAGGUUGCCCAAGAAAGUCUCCUUUGCUACAAAUGCCUGCUCGCAGUGUUCGCAUUCCUUUUACUAUUAUUAUAACCAGGAGCCCAACGAUUCCUGUUACUAUUAUAACCAGGAGACCAAAGAUUGCCUUUGUCAGUAAGAAGAAUAAGGUUGCUUCUGGUAACUUACUCUGGAAGAAUGCAGGUCUAGUGAGAGGAUAUGAACACACUGUUUGUCCAUCCUUGUUUGAAUAUAAUAAAUAUGCUGAGCUUUU